GCAAGUAGUGGUUGUGUCUCUGGUAACCUGAAGGCAGAGCCACCCACGAUACAGAAUUAUGUCUGGUGAAAGGUUCUCCUAUAUGGACGAGGGUACCUUACGCAAGCUUCUGGAGGUGACGCUGGACUUGGCAGAGCGGAAAGAGAUUCGAACAGCAAUCCGUGAUCUACGUAAAAAAGAGCUGGAGAGAUGUGAGGAGGCCCUGGCAUCCAAGCGGUUUCGCUCUGAGAAGAGCAAUGAACAGGAGAACAAGGAGAACCAGCCAGGGGCUGACAGAGAGGAACAACAGCAGAGAGCACUGAAUGCCCUGGCUGUAAGGCUUCAAAAUAUCGGUGAUCUGGAGGAGCUGACAUCUCUGCUCCGAAAUUCCAGAGAAUAUGAAGAGAGAAAGCUGAUCAGGGCAGCUAUUCGAAAAUUGCGAAAUGAUGAAAUUGAGGCUGCAUCGCUGGGAGGGAUGCUGAGUAGACGAAAUAGUGACCGGGACAAUGAAAAGCUAGUCUGCAAAAGCCAAGAUGCUGUUGGGGACAUUGUGCCAUCUUUGGCACAGGAGAGAGAAGACCUAGAAGAAAGGCAGAAAAUUAGAGCUCAGAUUCAUGAACUAAGAAGUGCACAGAAUGGUGGCAGCCGCAUAGCAGGAUUCAAAGAAAUAGAGUCUGAUAUGCUGACGGGCCUCACGGUUCCUACUAAGGAACAAUUGUCUUCAUCAACCUCUUCCGCUUCAUCCACCUCUUCCUCAUCAGAACCUUCCAGUUCAUUGCAGUGUCAAGCUACAGAGCUCUUGUCUGUAAGUGCAGAGUUGGAGGGACAACCCCACAAUAGCAGAAAUGAGGUGUUUAUGGAGCCAUCAGCAGAGGACGUUGGUGCUGUGAUAGAGGAACCAUCAAAUACACAUGUGGCCUUCCACAAACAGAAUGUCGAGUCAGAAAAAAAGCCUUUGCCAGUAUGGACUGGCAAAGCUGAUAUUCCCAUCAAUUCUAGGCUGGCAGCUGAUAACAAGGGAUCUUUUCUGGAGGGAGUGACAUCUGCGUCCUGCUCUGAACCAGAUGGCCAGACCUCCAUGCCUCCAUUUAGAAGAGCUUAUUCAGUAAGGGACAGAGUGAAGAAGUUUUCAGAGGAGUCUUCCAGUGUAACCCCUGCCUUGGGUUUUCGUUUUGGAAGCAUGCGUGCUGAGAGAGCCCCAGUCAGAGGAGCACAUGUACUGCAACAACAUUCCCUAUUUUCUGUCGGACAAGAAAAUAACCAGAAAGCUGCACAAAAUGAUAGACUGGUCACUAAACAAGAAGUCACUCGUACAGUUUCAGGGCCCUGUAGCCGUAGGUUAGAUGGAAUUUCUACAGCCGGGACGCAGAGCACUAACAAAAUACAGUCAUUUAAAUCCCCUUUCAUACCUGAGCUAAACCAUUCCAGGAGCACGUCCUUAAAAGGAUCCUCAUCUCUCAGCUCUACAGGACACUGCACAUCUUCCAGGGAAGUGAAUAGAGGACUUCCACAAAGCCAAGGCUCCUUCAUCCUCAAGCAGGAUAGUGGGAGGAACCAUCAAGACCAAUUGAAAGUUCCCCUACCCAUGACAAAAAGGGGGAGGAUAGUUGAAAACUCAGAUGGAGCCAAUACAGUAUCAGAGGAACCAGGCAGCCUACAGUCCUCCACACAUCCCUGCAAAUCCACCACUGGCCCUCAGAAAGAGACAGAGGACUCUGAAAUGAAGACAUUGCUUACAAUUGAAAUUAAAGAUGGGAGAACUCCGACUACAAGUAGUCGGGUGGUGGGUCAACCUGGAAACCAGGGAGCAGAGUUGACGUUGGGAGUCGCUAGUACACCUUUUAGAAUUAACAGUGGCUUUAGCACAAGCAAUGAUGGCUCCAGCAGUGGGAUCACUACAAGGACCAUAAGGACUGAGAGCAGGACCACCACACAAAGUGGGAUCAAUUCCAGCAGUAAUAUCAUCAAGGUUGAGCCUGAAACUCCCCAGCAAACUCCAGAGUCGGUGGAGGGGUUUCUACCCAGCACAACAGAGAAGACAGAACCAGAGAGCAAGGGCAAGCUAACAACAGAGGAUCUGAGUGCUAUAGAGGAAGAGGAGGUUCUGGAUAAAAUGCUGGAUAAAACCACAGACUUUGAGGAGAGGAAGCUAAUCAGGGCCGCAAUGAGGGAUCUGCGACAGAGAAAGAGAGAGCAACGAGAGAAGGAGAGAGAUCAGCGCUUACAAGAGUUAAAGAACAAAGAGAGAGAAUCAAAGCUGGCACGAAGCACAGAAACCAACGUCCGACAGAGUGAGACAACCAACCGUGGCUCUGCCAUCAGCACUGUCAGCAAAACACAGAGGCUUGUGCAGUCCAAUGAUGGCAGCAAAACCUCUAGCACAACAGUGGAGGCUAGUUACAUGAAACGAUCAGAGAAUGGCGGCACCAUUGUACAGACUAAAUCAUCAUUUAGUGCCACUUCCAAGAAAGUUGGCAGCAUCUUUGACCGUGAGGAUGAGGGGCUAUCCAGAGCCAACAGUAUGACUGCAAUGGAGCGGCGUCAGGCAGAAAGGAAAAAGGAGCUCAUGCAGGCUCAAAGCCUCCCUAAAACGCCAGCAACGCAGGCACGCAAGGCCAUGAUUGAGAAGUUGGAAAAAGAAAGUGGAGGCUCAGCUAGCCCAGCCUUUGCCAAGGUUGCAACACCACGUUCAGCUGCAUUUGGUGUGCCUAAUGCAAACAGCAUAAAGCAAAUGCUCUUAGACUGGUGCAAAGCCAAGACACGCGGGUAUGAGCAUGUGAACAUCCACAACUUUUCCUCCAGCUGGAGUGAUGGAAUGGCAUUCUGUGCACUUGUCCAUAAUUUCUUUCCUGAGGCAUUUGACUACAACCAACUGAACCCACAGAACAGAAGGAAAAAUUUUGACCUGGCCUUCUCAGCUGCAGAGAAACACGCAGAUUGUCCGCAGUUGCUGGACGCAGAGGAUAUGGUCCGCAUGCGAGAGCCGGACUGGAAGUGUGUUUACACGUACAUCCAGGAGUUCUACCGCUGCCUGGUGCAGAAGGGGAUGGUAAAAACCAAAAAGUCCUAGGAGUUUACGUCAUAUAAUCACUGGAUGCUUGUAGACUGUGUCCCUCUGGUGGAGGUUGAGGACAUGAUGAUCAUGGGGAAGAGACCAGAUUCCAAGUGUGUCUUCACUUACGUCCAGUCCUUGUGCAACCACCUGCGGCGGCAUGAAAUGCGUCUACGCAAGUCUGAGUUUUAAUUAUGUGCCCUUCUACUUCUAUGGCUUCCCCUGGCACAGCGCUUCUGGUUUCCACCAACUAAAGUUCUGCAUCACAGAUCAAUGUUAAGAGGUUGCACAGAUGAUUGCUAGAAUUAUGUAUAUUCCCUCUCAGAUAUUUACAAUGUUCUGCCUCUUGUCCCUGAUGCCACAGAGGCUUUCAAGUAUUGCAGUGCGAUCCUCUGCUGUCUCUCUGGCAUUGGGAUUGCUGUGCAAGUGGAAUGCCACCACUGCUUCUGUUGCCUGUCCCUCCCUACAGAAUUAAUAUAUUUAGAUUAUAUUAUUAAAUCGCGCCAAUCAAGUGCUGGGCCUUUAAGAAAUCACUGCCACAAGCUUCAGAACAUUUGCUACACUCCGUAAGAGACCCACAAUACUUCUCGCUUACAGCUAGAUUACUGGUGCAUCCUCUCUUUUUUUUUUUGCUCUCUCUCUCUUUUAAAGAAUAGUUCAUUUUAAUAUAUUUAAUAGCAAUCUAUUUAAUCCUGUCUACAUCACAAAGGCUGCCUUUUUUCUGCUUUAGAGUUUUGUUUCAUUUAUUGGAAUCCAUCUCUCAAAACCAUUUCAGCCUCUUUUUGCAAACCUGGAGGUUUUAUUACUGAACAUAUUAGUAGUGUCAUGUAAAAUAAAUGUUCCUACUUAUGUGCUGCUUUCUUAUAACAGAGCAGACAGAUCCAUGCUGCAGAGCUUGUACCAGUAGUGCUUGGAUACAUUAUUAGUAUUCGCUUGCCUUCACUUGUCAUGUUGUGCAGCUUGAUUCUGGCAGAUGGAGGGAUUCAUCAGUAAGCCCUCAGUGCAUGGCCAGUUUUAAUGAAGAAACACACACAAUAUAGCACUUUAUAGUCCCUAAUUCUUGUACCUAGAAAUGUGUUGUUGUUUUUAUGGUGUGAGAACAUUCUCUCUCUCCAGUUGAGGGGGACCUUGUGGAGGGGAAGGUUUAUAUGUACUACUAUGUCAUUGCUAUGUAAGCGCCUUACAUGUCUGGGACACUGGCUACCAGGGUCACUGCUCACAUUUAAAAAUGGCGUUUUGGCUUAACGGCGUGUGUAACUGUAUUAUUAAUGUCAUUUCAGUUAACUUUUAACAUUGUUCCGCGGUAACAAAAAACUUUAGCCCUGCGAGGAAAAAAAAAUCAUUAUUGCAGACAGAAAUACAUGGUCUGCUCCUGCCUCAGUCCUUAAAAAUGAUGUAUAUGCAGAUGAAGCAGGAGCUGUAAUACUUCUGGGCCCUUGCAGAGUAUUUCCAGCUCCAUUGAACUUUUAGGGGCAUACUCCAUAAACCACCAAUCACUACUUGCCAAGGCAUGAUCAUGCUCUGGUAUUGAAACACUAAUAAAAAGCAUUGCAACUGCAUAUUCCAAAUAGUUCUGGUUAAAAUGGUACCAGUAGAUUUUGACACAUCACAGGCUUUACCUUAAAAAUGGCUUCUGGCCCCAGUGUAGUCACACUCUGUUCUCCUUUUGUAUUGGAGAGAUGCAGUGUCACUGUCAAAUGGUAAAGCACAGAUAAGCAAAAUGCUGGUAUCUCUUUCAUUUAGAUAUAAGGUAUAUUUGUAUUUGUAUGCACACAGGUACACACAGCUAUACACCCACCAGUGUAUAAAUAUAUGUAUUUGUGUAAUAAUUGCAUUUAUAAAUACACUUAUAUUUACUGAAAACACACACAGAGAGCGUUCCUGUAUAUAUAGUGCAGGCCUAGUAUAGGGGUAAAAUGCAGAUCCCUGGUCUUUAUGAUCAGGUUCCUCACUGACUGCAGAGCUGACAGCAGUUGCCAUUAUGGCUACAUUUCAUGUUUGGGCGUUGUUUGUAGCCAGUACAGCAGUUAUUUCAUUGUAAGGAAACGGUUCAACCUGAAAGUUUUGAUCCCUCCUCAAAUACAGCUUUUGUGUCCGUUCUUUUUAUACACCAGCGUGUGCUGACAUUUUAAUAAAGUUCUAUUAACUGAC